AUGGGCAGCCAAACGCCGCCGCAGCGGCCAGGUAUCCCGACGACGACGACGACGACGACGCCAACCCUCAUCAAAUGGGUUCUCGACACGCGCCCGCUCUGGCCCGAAGCCAAGCAGACAAAGGACCUCUCCUCCGCGGCCGCCCGCGCGCUCGCCCUCCUCACUCCCGAUGAGCGCUCCGGCGUCCUGCGCUACUACCACGUCAAGGACGCCAAGCUCGCCCUCGGCUCCGCCCUGCUCAAGCGCCUCGCCAUCGUGCGCUGCGCGGGCGUCCCCUGGCAAGACACCCUGCCUGGGCGGGACGCGCGCACGCACAAGCCCGUCUUCCGGGUCCCUCGCAGCCGUGACGGCCCGGCGGCGAUAACGCCAGCAUCGGCAUCGGAAACGGCAGCGGACCGCGGAGGGGAAGAAGGAGCCGGUGGAUCGGGAUACGACGACGACGAGGACGACUACACGGAGCCCCUCCUCUUCAACGUCUCCCACCAAGCCGGCCUCGUCGUCCUGCUCGCCCUCUCCGCGCCCCCCUCCCGCACCACCGCCAUAGGCGUCGACAUUGUCUGCCCGUCAGAGAGGCGCACGCGCGACCGCGAGAUGAUUUCGCGCGAGGGGUGGCCGCGCUACGUGGCUAUGCACGAGGACGUGUUUUCUCCCGGCGAGGCCGCCCGCCUGCGCGCCUUGGAAUGGACGUUGCAACUGCCGCUGGCACGUACAGGCGCAGGCAGCGUGACGCAUGCUGGUGCUAGUGCUGGUGCUGACACUGGUGAGAGCAAGGGGCAAGACAGGACGGACGUGAUGCUCGCGCACUUUUACGCCCUGUGGUGCCUCCGCGAGGGGUACGUCAAGAUGACAGGCGACGCGCUGCUCGCGCCCUGGCUGCGCGACCUGGACAUGCGGAACGUCGCUCCCCCUCCCCGCCCCCCUCCUCCUCCUCCUCCGCCGCCGCCUGCAUCCACGGUCACCAGUGUCAACGCACCGGCAACAGCAACGGCAACAGCAACAACAGUAGCGGACGGGGCGACUCCGCCAGGUCUCGAGAUAUGGCUGCGGGGAGAGCGCGUUUGCGACGCGGACGUGCGCCUCGAGUGGCUCCUCGGCGACGAAUACAUGGUCUGCACGGCGGUACGGUGGGGGCAUCGCGACAGCAGCGACAACGGCAAUGGCACUGACGGGGGAGGCAUGGCGGCGGACGAGGCGGAGGCGGAGGCGGUGAUGAUGGCCAGUCCGUUUGUGAGGCUCGACGUGGAGCAGGUGCUGGCUGAGGCGGAGGCGGCGGCGGAUGGGUCAGCGUGGGCGUGA